GCCUCUACUAUUAUUCUUAACUAAUGUAUUAUUAUGGCUAUUAUUAUUACUAUUUGUAUGUCGCCUUGGACAAAAUCGUCUACCAAAUCCCACAACCGAGCAAUUGCCUCUAUCACUCUGCCCACAACAAAGCCUGGUCUACCAGACUCUCGUGCAUAUGCUCACCCCAAACCGUAUCAUCAUGUGACAAGGCUGAAAACGAAACUGAAAUUGUAACGGCAGAAAGAGAGAUUGAACUGCGUCAUCAAACAGGCUUAUAACAUUACAAAGUCUAGUCUAUUUUUGUAAACGACAAUAAAGAGUUUCAACGAUGGAUGUGAAAGUAGCCUACAGUUGGUUUCAAGUUAUUAAGCCGAACUGUUUUAAGCGCAUAAUUUGAGACGUCUUUAUGCCUAGACUGGCUGGCCGAGGCGAAGGCUAUUUUGUUCUUUUAUGACCGAAUAGAAACACUGGUUAGAUCAUGAGUCAACACGACGACAAAAGCGCCCAGGACACUGAAGACAGGCAGGAGAGACCAGACUCACCUGUUCCCAGCAUAGUGUCCAUGAAGAGUGACCAGUCAAAGGGAAUCCCCAUCCUCUUCUCUACAGAAGAUAAAGACACUCAGCCUAAGCAGGAGAGACCAGACUCACCUGUUCCCAGCAUAGUGUCCAUGAAGAGUGACCAGUCAAAGGGAAUCCCCAUCCUCUUCUCUACAGAAGAUAAAGACACUCAGCCUAAGCAGGAGAGACCAGACUCACCUGUUCCCAGCAUGAUGUCCAUGAAGAGUGACCAGUCAAAGGGAAUCCCCAUCCUCUUCUCUACAGAAGAUAACUCAAUACAAACUCAGUCUACAUGUCAAACAGUACCUGAGUCACCAACAGAUAUUCUUCUGUAUCAUUCUGCAAGGCACAAAUCCAGGAUGGAAAUUCAGUUUCAGAAUGUACAGGAGGGAAGCUGUUUGCGGGAUAGCCCUGCACACCUCCAAGAUAUUUACACAGACCUCCACAUCACAGAGCAGGGAGUGGCAGAGGUCAAUACUGAACAUGAGGUCAGACUCAUAGAGACGCCGUCAUGGAAGACAGAAUUAGAGGAUAAUGGAAUAUCAUACAAUGAUGUAUUUCAAUCUUUACCUGGACAAUGUGUACAAACCAGAACUGUGAUGACAACUGGUGUAGCAGGUAUUGGGAAAACAGUCAUGGUAAGAAAGUUCAUUCUUGAUUGGGCCCAAGGAAGAGCCAACCAGGAUGUCCAUUUCAUUAUUCCCAUUGAAUUCAGAGAGCUGAAUUUGGUUAAAGAGAAGAAAUACAGUAUUGUGAGUGUUCUUCGCACCUUCAUUGAAAGUAUAAAAGAUGUUGGAGAUUCUCAAAAAAUCGGAGAGUACCUUGAUACAUGUAAGCUCUUGUUUAUUCUUGAUGGUCUUGAUGAAUGCCGGAUUCCCCUUGAUUUCCAGAACAUCGAUCACAGUUAUGACAUAACAGAACCUACUUCAGUCGACAUCUUAUUGACAAACCUAAUUAAAAGAAACUUGCUUCCAUCUGCUCUUGUCUGGAUCACCUCUCGACCAGCUGCAGCCAGUCAGAUCGCUCCUCAGUGCAUUGACCGUGUGACGUAUUUACAAGGUUUUACAGAUCCUCAGAAAGAGGAGUACUUCAGAAAAACAAUCAGUGAUGAGUGUCUGGCCGACAGAGCCCUGGCACACCUGAAGUCCUGCAGGAGUCUCUACAACAUGUGCUACAUUCCUCUCUUCUCCUGGAUGUCCUCAGUUGUCCUUGAGAGGAGGUUGAAAGAGACUGAGAAGGGAGAGAUUCCCACCACACUGACUCAAAUGUACACACAAUUCCUGGUGAUUCACGUACACAUCAGACAAGACAAGUACAUGGAGACAACAGAAGGAGGUGAAGAGAUGAUCUUCAAACUGGGUAAACUGGCUUUUGAGCAGCUCCAGAAGGGCAAUCUGAUCUUCUACGAGGAGGACCUGAGGGACUGUGGUCUUGAUGUGAAAGAGGCUUCAUUAUAUUCAGGAGUGUGCACUGAAAUGUUCAGAAAGGAAUUUGGUUUAUUUGAAGGGAAGGUUUUCUGCUUUGUACAUUUGAGUGUUCAGGAGUAUUUAGCAGCGCUCUAUGUCUACCUGACAUUUGUGCGCAACAACACAAAUGUGCUUGACACACAAAAGCACUGCACUCAAUCCAGACCUGAUCUACACAAUCUGUACAAGACUGCAGUGGACCUGGCAUUACAGAGUAGGGAUGGACACCUGGAUCUUUUCCUCCGAUUCCUGCUGGGCUUUUCACUAGAGUCCAAUCAGAAGCUUUUGCGAGAUGUACUGCCACAGAUAGGAUGGCCAUCACAGAGAACAGUCCCUAUAAAUAAAUAUCUCAAGAAAAUGAUUUGUGAGAACCCAGCUCCAGAGAAAAGUAUCAACCUGUUCCACUGUAUGAAUGAAGUCAAAGACCACUCCUUGGUGUCAGAGAUGCAGAGCUAUCUCCAGUUACGGUCGCUCUCCGCAGUCAAACUCUCCACUUGCCACUGGGCAGCGCUCAACUUUGUGCUGCUCACAUCAGGAAGAGAACUAGAUAUGUUUGACCUGAGCCAGUAUGGAGAAUCCAGCGAGGCCCUCCACUAUCUACUGCCGGUGGUGAAAGCCUCCAGGAUGGUUCUGGCGAGUAAAUGCAGCUUGGCAGAUAAAACCUGUGAGGAACUAGCCAGUGCGGUCAUAUUCUGCACAUCUAGUAUCAGAAGACUCGACCUGAGCUUCAGCAAACUCAGUCAUGCAGGUGUGAUGCAUCUGUCAUCUGCGUUGGAAAAUCCCAACUGUAAACUGCAGGCAUUCAGAUUGAAUGGCUGUAAGAUCCCUCUGAAAAGUUGUGCUGUGUUGGCCACAGCAUUCAGUAAGACCCCUGCUCUGACUGAGCUCAACCUGAAUGAUAAUGAGGUGGGGGAUUCUGGUGCACAGCUAAUCGCAGCUGGGCUGCAAAACCCACAGUGUAAACUACAGAUAUUAAGGCUUCGAAGCUGUAAGAUUGCUGAGGCAGGCUUUCAGUCUCUGGCCGCAGCCCUGCAGUCAAAGCCAUCCCUGUUGAGAGAGCUGGACCUCAGUAUGAACAGGCCAGGGCACCUUGCGCUCAAGGCACUGUGUGACGCCCUGUGUGAUCCACUCUGUGAGCUUCACAUACUCAAGCUUAAUAACUGUAACCUGACUGAGCAGAGCUGUGUAAAUCUGGCAUCUGUGCUUGAAGUUUUGAGCCUGAGAGAGCUGCACCUCAGUGACAACAUGCUUCAAGAUUCAGGAGUGAGCGAAAUCUCGUCUACCUUGGCGAAACAGAAAUGCAACCUGGAGGUUUUGAAGUUGUGUAAUUGCAGCGUGACUGAGGAAGGCUUCGGUCACUUGGCUUCAGCGCUGAGGUCCAAUCCCUCACACCUCAGAGAACUCUACCUGAACUGGAACCCUGGUAAAGAGCAUGGAGAGGAACUGCUCGGGGGAUUACAACAGGACCAAGAGUAUGCUUUAGACAAAUUAGAGUUAUAAUGGCAUAUCAUUAUGUUUAAAGGUGUAGUAUGCAGGUUCAGGUAUUUUUUUAACCGGAAGUUCUGCUACACAACACUGAAGGGAAAAUGGAAGUGUGUAAAUGGUCUACGGAGCAGGAGUUCCUGAUAACGCUCUUUUAACUUCUGCUCGUACUGUAACUGACUAACCCUAACCCUCAUAUAGCACACGUUCCUCACACAAGUUGUUACUGCAGUCUGUCACCCCUCGCACUGAAUUACUGUAGAGAAAAGAAGUUUUUCUUUUUUUGCUCCACAUCUGUGGAAUGAGUUGCAGAAUACAUGGAGUACUCUGCCUUCAUUGGAUACUUUUAAGAGAGAAAUUAAUAUUGUGUGCACUGAGGAAUGUCAUUGCUUUUAGAAGUAUUUCACAAAACUCUUAGCUGCUACUGUGUUUUAUGUAAAUGUGUUAAUGUGUUUGUCUGUGUCUGGAACUAUUUGUUUGGCUGCCAUUUUGACCAGGACUCCCUGGCAGAAGAGACGCUCAGUCUCUAUGGGACAAUCCCACGGUAGCCAAGUCAUUGCUAAAGACACAUUGAGAUGAGUUUCUUUUCUCGUUUUGGCAAGUAGCCGUAUAAUAAGCGUGAUAAUGUAUAGAACGCCGGUCAUUAUCGGAAAAUAAUUCCCUUCAGGACGAAGCAAAACCCCUGCGCUGCGCGUCGGGGUUCAGUUCAUCCUGUCGGGAAUUAUUUUCCGAUAAUGACAGGCGUUCUAUACAUUAUCCCUUACAUAAGAUUGUGUUUCAUUCUAAACUAGACUUGUAUACUGUAUGUAAUUGGAAUGCACUGUAGGCUAAUGUGGUUUUUGGACUUUCCAUUUUUUGUCAUGUAUACUGUAUGUAGACUUAUACCAGUUGGUCAUUAUGAAGCUUUAUAUCUUUGUAACAUUGUGUUGUAUUACUUAAAUAAGGUGUAUUUUAGUGCACUUGUCUUCACCUGCUGCGCGUCGGGGUUCUAUUCAUCCUGUCAGGAAUUAUUUUCCGAUAAUGACCGGCGUUCUAUACAUUAUCCCCACUGCUUGGUCAAAUUUCCUAUUGUGAUGCGCUAUUUGGAACGUGCAUUAUUUUUCUUUAUCUCCCUCAACAAUGGAAUUCUCUUCUCUGAUUGGCUGAUGGGGUGGCCAUUAACUUCAUAUAACCUGCUACCUUUGAAGUAGUUCCCGUAUCACACUUGAAUAUUAAUUCGCCAAACUCGUUGCGUUUACUGUAAAUGAACUGUCACGUUGCAUCCAAGCUGAAAUACAGACGUGCAGAACCAUAGUAACAUUGUAGCAUAUGACGGAGGUGGAUUGUAGCUAGUUGGAUGCCAUGUAGGCUAUAAAAGUAGCGAUCUUUCAAAGUUAAAGUUAAUCAGAAUCCUGGGAUAUGCCCGCUUGACAACGGGAGAGAUAGAACUAACGACUGGCUCUUGGCCGUAGCAACCAGCCAUUUAGAACUAACGACUGGCUUUUGGCCAUAGCAACCAUCCAUUUAGAACUAGUAACGGCAGUUUUGUCCUGCAAGUAGAAAGUUGAUAUGUGGCGGAAAAGUAGUCCCACAGUCAAGACAGUUUUAGCGAUGUUAACGGACGCAACGGUGGAAUAAAACUAUGUUCUAAAUAUACAGGUUAUGAAUACCAACGGGAGAUAAGCGGGAUAACGGCCUUCGAGGUCGACCGGUUCGAUGGAAAUAAUGGCACGGCGGAGGUAACUCCGUCUCCGUGCUUCGCACGUCGCCGGAGUUCUAGACCUCCACCUAGCCAUUAUUUCCAUCGAACCGGUCACCUCGUCGGCCGUUAUCCCUUACAUAUACCGCACGGCUAUGAAGUAGUUCCCUUCUUUUGGGCUUAUUACACUUGAAUAUUAAUUCGCCAAUGUGAAUGUAACCGUCGUUGAUUAUCCCUUGUAGACCACUAACCACUCAAAGACAGCAGGACAAUAAAAUCGAAG